AUGGUCGAGGCGGAGGCGCACUGUAACUCCCGCGACCCGCGCAAGGAGCGGCUAUACUACGCCACUGGGUACGGGCUCAUACAGUGCGUCAAGGCGCUCAUGAGUUACGAGGACGAGGACAUCGAGCGUGCGCUGGGCCACGUCCGCACCGGCAACGCCGUCGCACAAGCGCACCGUAAGCGCCCGACCUCGUUCGCGGGUCGACUCGCAGGCUACGUCGUCGGCUCGUCCGUCAAAGCCAUGACGCCCGUCGAGCGCCAUGCCGAGCUCGUCUUCGCGGAGUCGACGUUUGAGAAGGCGCUCCUCGGCAUCGUCUACUCGGGCGACUGGCUCGCGUUCAUCAAGGAGGCGCUGAAAAUGCGGACCUGCGUGUCGAUCUACCGUACGCUUGGCAAGUUCAUCGACGCCGCGGACGCCGCGGAUCCUGCCGGCUUCGACGCCGGCAUAGAUGCGCACUUUCGCUCCGGCGUCUACCUCGGUUUAGGCGCAAUGAACCUCAUCCUCUCGAUGAUGCCCAAUCGGCUGCAAUCCCUCGUCGAGCUCUUCGGCUACAGCGGCAAUCGGCUCGAAGGGUUGCGCCUAUUAGAAAAGGCGGGCGGAUGGAGUGCAGACAGCGACGAGCCCGCGAUUGGCCAAGCUGAAGAAGGCGUGCGCAGACCAAUCUGCGAUAUGACACUCCUCAUAUUUCACCUCGUUCUUUCCAGCUUCACCUACCUCGGCGUAUCGACGCCGAUGGCGUCCAAGAUCCUCGCCUACCAUCUCCGCCGAUUCCCGCACGGCGUCUUCUUCCUCUUCGGCGCCGGCAGGCUCGCCCUCCGUAAAGCGCAGCCCGCCAAAGCUCUUCGGUACUACAAGCAGGCGAUGGACGCUCAAAACCAGAUGCGCAACCUGCACCUAAUCUCCUACUGGGAGAUGGCCGUGGCGCACCUCAGCCUGUGGGACGUGCGCGAGAGCCUCGCGUGCUGGCGUACGCUCGAGCAGGAGGGCACCUGGAGCAAGGCGUGCUACACCUACGGCGCCGCCGUCUGCCUCCUGCAGCUCGGCGGGGACGAUAACCGGGAAGAGGCCGCCAAGCUGAUGGACAAGGUGCCCAAGCUGCGCCAGCGGCUGGCCGGCAAAUCGAUUCCGCUCGAGAAAUUCGUGGCCCGGAAGGCGCGCAAGUUCUCGCAGCAGCUCGGGCGGCUGCUCCUCCCCGCGCUCGAGUUCGGCUACCUCUUCCUCACCCCUGCGCACGCGCCUGCGUCCGUGCUCCGCGCGCGAGUCAUACCCACGCUCGACGCCGCGCUCGCGGGCGUCCUUCCGUACGCUACGGACGAGAAGCGGCGGGCGGAGUACGAGGAGCGUGAAGGGAAGGACAGUCUGUGGGACGACCUCUGCCUCGCGCGCUUCUUGGAGGGCGUGUGCUGCCGAUACGUAGCGUGGCCGGAUCCGGACGCGGAGCCAGAGGAAGGGGAGGAGACGGUGGGCGAAAAGGAGGAGGGUGAGAUGGCGAGGCGCGCGGAGGCGGCGUUGAACGAGGUGUUGAAGCACGGAGGCAAGAUCGUGUACGAUCACCAUCUCGUGUACCACGCGCAUUACGAGCUCGGGAGGCUGUUGGCGUGCAAGGGAGAUAGGGACGGCGCGCGGCGGCACCUCGAGCUCGUCUUGUCCGGAAAGCCGCUCGAGGCGAGUGCCGCAGCGCGGAAGGGCAAGUACAGCAUGCAGAAUGCACUAGAGAUGCGUACGCACGCGGCGCUGGAGAGUCUAGACCUAGCGAAAGGAUCAUGA